AACACAAUUGACAAAAUUUCAGUGAAAUAUGUCCACAAAAUAAUUCUUGGAGAUACAAAUUAUGACUAUUUGAACAGAUAUACGAGGGAUGAUCAAUAUAUAACGGGAAAAUGCUCAUAACUUUUUUUAUUAUCAUAUCGAUCUUUUUCACAUUUCAGCCAGAAGUAGGUACAUAUAUAAGCAAUGUAUCGCUAAAUUUUCAGGUUUAUACUAAUAUAAUGCUAAAAUCAACAGUAGCUAAGGUAACGCUCAAUAUGCAUAGGCGGGGCAUUUUGAAUACUUUUCACCAUUUUCACGUAAGUUCAAACCGUUACAGUUUUCAUUCAAGAAAUGGUACAUUGGUGAAAAUUAGCAGUUAUGGUCACUCUAGACAAACGCAUAGGAUGAUGACGUCAUGCACGAGUUGUGACGUCAUAUGUUACGUCCUGCACGUGUUACUGUUCCGUGGUAGUAAAACGGCGGAAGAUCAAAAGUUUGCUCUAAUUUUUUUUAGUUUUGAAGAGAAAAAGUAAAAAUGAAGUUGUGCAAGAAAUACAGGAUACCUUUAGUGUUCGUUCAAUGUCGAAAACAAGAAUUUAUGUAUGGUAUGACUGAUUAAACAACGGUUGGGAACAUGCGUUUGAUUUAACACAGAGUGGCCGGAAAGUGACGUCGACGCACGGUAAGAACGUUACAAGGGUGAAAGAUCUCAUAAACAGCGAUAGGCGGUUAACUGUCAGAGAACUGUGUAAUAAACUGAAUUUGUCAUAUGAAAUUGUCCAUACAAUCUUAAAGAAAAGGUUUAAUAAGAGAAAACUGCAACACGUUGCAUCCGGAAACGCCCGGAAAAGUUGGACCAUUUCAUUCUGCAUCAUGGCAAUGCGCCAUCCCACACCUCGAAAGCGACCACAAGUCACAAUGAAUAUCUAGUAAUUAAUCUGCAAGAUUAUCCUCCUUAUUCACCGGAUUUGUCGCCAAAUGACUUUUACCUGUUUCCGACACUGAAACGUGAAUUGCGGGGUGUAAAGAUGAAUUGUUCAUUUUCAGAACUUCGUAAGAAAGUGUUGAAUGUGCUGAACGCAAUUCCCAAAGAUGAUUAUCGUAAUUCACUUCUACCCUAGGUAAAAUUGAAAAAAGUGGAACCCCGUUGGCAAAUGUAUUAAUGUAAAAGGAAAGUAUUUCGAAAAGUUUUAAAAAAUGUGUGACAUUUACUACAGUAAAGUUAAUUUAAAAACGUUGAACUCAGUUGUACGUCAAUUAGCGCGUAAAUGACGUUGCCCCGCCUAUGGGUUUCAUAGGUUGGCAAAAUUGUUGUCAAUUGUUAAUUUUUCAAUAUAUUUUCGUGUGAUUUUUUUCUAAUAUAUCUAUUUACCCCAGUAUAAUAUAUCUCUUGAAAAUGAUAAGUACAAACAAAUUUAUAAACAUUUUCCCGUUAUAUAUUGAUCAUCCCUCGUAAGUGCAAAGUUUUGUGUCAGAUAUGUGACAAUUUUCACUUCAAAAUUUUAAGUAAAGAACCACAUGUUUUCCAAACUUGUCUGUGCCUAGUCUACUUGAUGUGAUACUGACAAAUACUCCUGCUAAAUUUGAUCAAACUUUUAACUUUUCAUGUGGAGUCAGUGAUGUUCACAACCCUACUCCUAACCCUAAACCCUUGAUUCCAAUAUUUCGAAUGUGAAUAUAAAGUUCAUAAUCAUUAUAAAAUCCGUGGCUGCUUGUUUUUGUUGUUUAAAACAGUAGUCCUCAGUUGCUUCACACACUCACAAAAUGCCAAGAUUAUAAAAGUAAAUUUGAGACUAUUUUUACACGUCCAGAAUAUUUGUGUAAUCACGUAGAAAUAGAAGGAAAACUCAAACAACGAGAUGUUGAAACUUGGUAAAGUAAUGCGUCCACGGACUGGUCUUUGCGGUCUCCAGUUUAUCCAUGACAACACUGAGGCUAACAAAACUGACAUCGUUCAAAGGUUUCUGUGACUGAGAUGAAAAAGUGGUACAAAUCAAUCAUCCCGCUUACUCACCAGAUCUAAGUCAUGACUUUUCCUCAUUCCAAAAGAUGCUGACUGGGUGCAAAUACUUUUCGAAUGAAGCACUUUUGAGAGGUAUUUUACAGUUACUUAAGACCAUACCAAGAGGAAGCUACACUGCAGCGUUCACCUCUUGGAUUUCUUGAAGUCAAGUCCGAAUGCUUUGAAUGGAUAAACUAAACUUGAAGUCCGUACACAGACUGUGUACCAUAUUCCAGCUCAAUUGUCAGUUUUUGAAUAAUGACCGUCGUAUAUAAUAUACUAUACAAAGUACCAUUGAAUAAUAUCUCAUAGUAGGCAUAGUAGUAUGAGUUGAAUCAGUUGACAGCUACAUAAACAGGUUUAGACGUAGUGUAGAAAUGAGAGUCGCGAUAUGCCUGUAAAAUACAUAAACCAAGAUAUUGUUGUCAAAGAAGGGCUUAUCCAAAAUGCUGUUGCAGGCGUAUAAUUCACGGCAUAUGUGGUGCACUGAAAAACCUAUGAAUAAGAUCACGAAUUUCGUUAAGAACGGGCACUGAAUUGAGAGGAAGGUAUUAGAUCUGUCUAUCCCUUUUGCUUUUUGACCAUCGGGCUUUACAUGAAAGGAUAUACUCUGCUUUGCACCAUUUUUUUUAAACCUUAUGUGUUUGAGAAAAUGUACAUAUUAGAUUUUAAUCUUUGUUUACUAGUACAAAUUUUAAUGCCCAAACUGUGUGUGCCUUUAAAAUCUGUAAAAUGUAACUCAUAUCGCCAUGUGUUGUAUACAGGUUCUGUACUAAUGUGCUCAAGUUUAGAUCCACUUGGUGCAUUUGCCAUGGCAGACGUAGCACUGUUUAGUAAUACUUUUAUUUUAAAAAGAACUGAAUACACAUUGAGAGUGCAGAGAACAUUUAUAUGUUGAUUUACGAUCUUGGUCAUGUUAAAAGGUUCUGGUGUUGAUAAUUGCAAGUUCUGUCCGAGUCGUACCUUUAUCAACAUUAUUACUGCUUGUUUUAAAUUAAAUCGAUAUCUAUGACAACAAUCAACAAUUUUUUCAUAUUUUCCCAUUUUCAUCUUGUUGUUUUCAAGAUCAUGUCAAUGAUUUUUGUCCAAAAUACAUUUGAUUAUCAUGUUAUCGACUCUUUGAUAUUGAUAAAAGUUUGGUGAUACUAGUUCUACAGAUUCAUAAAUGUUAAUAAUAUAACAUAGAUAUUCAUUAUGUUAUAUUUUCUGGUCCUUUGGAACCAUAGAAUUCAUUGAAAAUUUAUGUAAUAGAAUUCCGUUUAAGCCUGGAUCCUGCACUUUUCAUUACCUCUCAUUGGAAGACUGAGACAAAGCAAGACUAUUAUUUUGCUUCGUUGCGAUGUUCCAACCUUCUAAAUACAGUAGGGCUAUUAUAAUAAUAGCUCAAUCUGGGCUGCUGUAUUUGGCUCGGGUGGGUUUUGCUAGAUUCGAUUUCACGAGGUGCGCAAACACCUAGUGUGAACCGUCCUUGUAAAAUCCACGAGAGCCGAAUACAAAAUCCCAGAUCUAGCUACUGUUGUAAUUACCCUUGUAUUAUAUACCUUCACCUUUUUUGUUUGUUGUUUUGUUAUCGAACGAAUUCUUAAAUGUUUGUCUAUGUUAAGAUAGAAAUUUGUGAAGUUUUUGUGUGCACUAAUUAUAGAAUUGUGUCAGGUCAUGUAUAUUAAAUGAAAAUAGUCCGGCAACAUACAAUACAAAAGGUACAAAACGAAUUGUUUUUCUGCCUGUUCAUAUUUACUUAUGAAAUACAAGCUGUAUUUUUGACAGAAUUUAUAUUUGUAUUUAAUUGUAUUAGUGUGUUGAUGCUUCAGAAUAUUACAUGCAAGAAUAAAUCCAUUUAAGUGUCUUUCUAACUUAUAAAAUAAUGUGAUAUAUGCUAAUUCUAUUGAAUAACCCUUGCAUUGUUGUGCAAUGCGAAAGAUAUUAUUUAUUCAAAAGCUUGAAGUCAUGUGACUUCAUUACGUUAAACAUCAUAUGAGCGCGUGUCAUUGGAGAUAACGGGAGAAACGAAAAUUUCUUUAAAAGUGGUUUCUAGUUAUUAUACUGUCAGUUUAAAAACGUUUAGGAACUUUUACUUUGAAAGCUGACAUGGAUUAAAAAUGAGGUUUCUCUUGUUUGGAUGUGUCUUGACUUUUGUGGAAAUCUGGACCUUUAUAUCCUCUGCUGGUAUAAGCUUCACGAAAUACCACUAUGAUUUCAAUUUAGCUGGAUAUCGGUGUAUUCCUCACAAAACUGUCUUUGAAACUGACAACGUAUCUGAUCCUGUACAAUGUGUAAAGCAAUGUCACCUCACUAAAAAAUGUCGUAGCGUGUUCUACCAACCGGAUUCUAACAAGUGCAUCGGGUGUCGUAUUAAUCCUGACAUCCAGACAGCAAAUCUGGAAACAUGCAAUGGUUCACAAUACAUUCGAUCUAAACCAGUUUACACUGAAGAAACAGACUGCAAAGCUAUUUUGAAGGACAGGCGCUCUGCACCAAGUGGCAUAUAUAAAAUAAGAUUAUGGAAGUCAAAGAAAAUAAUAUCAGUAUUCUGUGAUAUGGACACAGAUGGUGGUGGCUGGACGACGAUUCAUAACCGGUUUGACGGUUCAACCGACUUCAAUAGAAACUUAUCCGAAUACGAGAACGGCUUUGGUGCGGUUAAUGGUGAAUAUUGGCUAGGACUAAAAUAUAUUCAAGAACUCGCUGACAAAGGUACAAAUGAGAUUCGACUGGAAGUGACGAGUAAACAGGAUGAAGAUUACUUCGAAAACUAUGAAGACUUCAAGCUGUUAAAUGGCUCCGAUUAUGUACUUUCAAUCAAUUCCGACACAGCAGAAUCAUAUCCAGUUUUGACAAUCGGCUUGCGGUUUGCCAGUUUGAAGGGUUAUCCAUUUUCAACCAUCGACAGAGAUAUAGAUCCAUAUGAGUUGGACAACUGUGCCCGGCUAGAAAAAGGCGGAUGGUGGUAUCGCGGAUGUGGGAGUAUGAACCUUAACGGUGAAUAUUGUGAAUACUCCUGCGACCCCACAAUCUACGACGUAGCAAUAGGUCAUUAUGUGGACGGGUUUGCUGACUCGAAACCAUUGAAGGCAUCUCGAAUGUUAAUAAGACGCUAUGAAAAAUGAAACACACUUCGACUGAAACAAAGCCUGAUAAGGAUUGUAUACUUUUUCCAGUAAUUGGAAAAUAUCUUUCGGACAUUCAAAACACUAGAACAUUUUGUCUAAAUUAGCCAUAAAUUAUUGUUACUUUAAGUACAAAGGUGUUGUAAUAUAAAAUUUGAAAGUGACUAGCAACAACAGCAACGAGCUGCUGACGUAGACCAUUACAUAAUAUAUCUCGGUAAGUUUUGCCAUUUAAAAGUUGCUGUAAACACUGCAAAAACUUAAGUGGUAUUAUUUUUCACGCCAUUGUGUAAAUCACUGUUAUGCAUCUUAACGUUUUUAUCCACAUUUCAAAGUGCGCUACAAAGCUACGUCUGCGUACCUCUAUUAAGGAACUCAACACCCCGAGUGAGGCUCCAACGCACAUCUGUCAGAGGCAAGUGUUUUGAACUCAGCGACCUUAACCUCUCGUACAGAGGCCCACGACCAAGUAAACCAAUAUUCGUAAUGAAAUUAGCGGUAAAGUAUAUGUAUUAACACAAUAGUACACAGCAAAAUAUGACAAAAGAGUUUACAAAUGUAAUGUAGUGAUGUACGAAGUUUAACCGUACUUAUGCAAUUUUCAUAUAGCACAGAGUAAAUAGUAAUGCGCACCUCUGCAUCAGUAGCAUGAAGCUGAAGCCUUAUUUUUAUGUAGCAUAAUGUAGCCGACUAAAUGAUGCAGGCCUACAGACUAAACAGAAAUGCACUCUUUUGCAUCACUUCAUGUAGAAAUAUGUUAAUGCCUCGUUUAAGUCAUGUGUAUAAUGCUCUUCUGUGAUAAGAAAAAACCCCAGAAAUAUUUUAAUUUUUGUAAGCUCUGCGUCAUUUGUCAGUUGAAUGGACACUAAACUGAUAAUAUUUAUCUUACAAAAGGUUCAUGUUUAUUUAAGUAUAACAUUCUUAAGCAGUCUUUAAUAGCAUACUACUUGAACAAACUAUGAAUCAUAUAACACAAAGGUAGUUGACUAUUACCUUAGUGUCACUGUGUAUUACCAGAGAUCCUUAAGUAAGCAUGAUUUUUCGUACAUUAAUUUUGAAUGAGUGUUAGUUUUUUCACAUAUUUUAUCAACUAACACAACAGCUGAGUGGCGGCUGUAAAACGUCUCCUCGUGCUUAGACUUAGUGUUGUUGUUGUUGUUGUCUAUAAUGGAAUACAUUCAUUCGUACUGUGAUUGAAAUCCACUUAAGCAAGUGCUAGGGGAUGUGAGGUGUGUUGCCCAUGUCAUUACCUCUCAUGAACACACUCAACUAAACAUGUUGCUUUUAAACUUACAGAAGACCUUGGCAAAGAUUUUAUUUGUACUUGAUGAUGAUAUGAAUAUGAAGCUAAUCUGAACUUUGUUUCUACCACUUCUCAUUUUUAAUUAGACUAUUAUAAUUUUGAGCUCAGACGGUCAGCAGAUCUUCCUUGUUACAGACCAUUCCGUUUCGCUCAUGUACUUUUAUACACUAACUCACUGUUUUUUUUCUGAUUUAAUAUUUCAAUGUUUGGUAAAAGUUUGUGUAUUCUAUGUUGUAUAUUUUUGUAUAUCGAAUUUAAGUAAGACAACUGUGUCAGAGAAUGCAGCUGGCACGAUAACAUGGGAUGAAAAAGUGUUUUUAGUGCAACAUGCAACUGACGUAGGAUUCCAUAUUGAGGAACAGUUUUUAAAGGUUAAAAUGCAGUUUUUUUGAAAAGUAUGAAAUAUUAUGAAAGAGUGUUAUUCGUUGGCAGCAUGUAUGUCUAUAAAGGUUGAAAUAUCGCAUUUUACAAUCCAGUUGUAAGAAAAGAAUUGGCAAAAUUAUUGCGUUAUGCAAUAAAACUUGCAUGUUUCAAAAUAUAUUGCCACGUGCAUCAGUGUCACUGCAAUUUUAUGAGAGCGGUAACUGGCCGCAAUGUCAUUUCAAAAUUUAUUGUAUUAAUUCAGAAAUAUGAGUGUCUUGUAUUACUUUUGUAAAAAACAAUACAUUUAUUUAAUGUAAUUGAUAUUUUCUAAUGUGGAAUCAUCGCUCUUACAAUAUAGCAGUGUUGAAAUACUGCGGAGGUAUAUUAGUAAGGUUACAAAUUAUAUAAACAGUAUCGACACAGGCUUUCAGAUGUUUUAAAACGGGAAUUUGAGAAAAAAAAGACGUUUCAAGCCAGUUGAUAUAUAAGUAAUUAUUGAAUUUUUGUCACAGAUUUGAUGGUACAAAAGGACAUACUGUUCUGAUAAAAUGAAUUAUAUUCACUGUAUAUCUAUGUUUGUGUAUAUGCUUUUAUUUGAUGUAUGAGAAGAAGUUUAAUUAUUUUCUGUAUGCUUUAUCUAAUUACAUAUUUUUAUGUAUGUCUGUGCUGUUUUUCCGAUCAAGAAAAUGAGAACAUUAGGAAAAAAGAAUAUCAUAAUUUAUAUUACCGUCAAGUUUAAACUUAGAAAUAAACAAAAUUUAGUCCACACGAAAUGAUUGUUUAGGCCCAAAUCAAAUAAUGUGAUGCAAGCAAAACUAAAUAAUCACACUAUAAUAGCAUGUGCGAUUUUCUGUGAUGUAUGAUCAAAUAUAACAAUGAAUGUGUUUAUUUUAUUUGAGUGAACUGUUCUUCUAUGUUGUAAUAAACUAUUUGAAAGAA